AUGCGCGUUGAUAUCGGAGGCUUCUCACCUGGUCCGGGGAUGCUGUGCGCCCAAUUCGACGAGCUGGACCGGCCUGAAGCAGAACGCUUGCAACUUGUCCAUGAUUUACUCUGCGAGGGAUCGGCUUCGAUUGAUGCACUCUUCGAUCGUCUGGAAGCCGACCAGUUGAUGUUGUUCAACGCCAACGCGGACUUCUUCUCGAAUUUCAUCAGAUCUCGGACGCACAUUUUCAAAUACGACACCGAAAGUGGAUUUUGUCAAAACCGAACCGAUGGAGAACGGCGAGUUAUUACUCAGUUCAUUCGGGCCGUGGCCGCAUUUCCGAUGCGUCUUAUCGAUCACGCUGGCAUGAAUCCGAUUGGGCGGACGAUCACCCAGCUAUCCGCUGAACACCCAUUUCUCGGCGUUAAUGAAGAGGGAGGCAUGUACUUGAAGAAAAAUUUUGUGUUUCAAGUUCCGUCACUUGGACGGCCGGAAUUACAUCCGCAGGUCUAUCAGCACGAAGAUGCGUACACGUAUGAUAAAAGUAUAACGAGUCUGCGUGACGGAAAAGUCAUUGCAGUAUCGCGAAAUAGAAUGACGGUAGAGGAGGGAACUCGAGUUGAUCGAAAAGUCUACGAAGUGCUCCCCGAAAAGGUCGGCUUGACCCCAGAACAAAUGCUAGAGCAAUAUGCGGUCAAUUCGGAGGUCGAAAUGCGCGUGGAAAAGAUGUAUCUGCCCAAAAAGCUUGUCAAUGCUAUAGCAACUCAGACGCAUUCUUAUUAUCAUGGUUCCGCGAUAGCGAUACGCCCAGCAAAAUCCACAAAAUUAUUGGCAGGACCACUCCCAACAAUUGCCCCGAUUCAAGUUGUUGAAGUGAAGAAAACCGAGCUUUCCAUCGAACUAUUUGCCACGUUAGCGCGACUUGGCACCCACGCCAAGCAUCACCUAGAGAAAUUACUCGCCGAAGUCGCCAAACAACCCCAAGGAUGGCAUGAUUUUGUUUAUAUAGGUGAAAACCUCGACAGCAACGCGAUUGCUUGGCAAGAAGACUUCAUCCUCGACCGCCCACACAUUUUCGAGGCGUUUGUAAAGCCGAGGAAGCGGAUGCGCCUGCGUUCCAGCGCCGAGCGAAGGUUCUUCACAACAAUCCUCAAGAUAUUGGACAAGGAGACGCAGCAAUCGGCAACCUGGUUAAAAGAAGAACUCGUUUGCCACAAGGAGAUUGGGCGAGACUUUCACGAAUAUCUCGAAUGGCUCGAAUCGCAGCCUGUCUCCCGGCUGAAGGACAAGAUUGGCACCGUGCCGUCGAGGAUGCUGCUCCGGCAUAGGGACUCAAAAGCACGACUCGGUGCACCGGAAGUUGAUUUUGUCGAGACGGCCACGCCGGUGUGGUCGUGGCCGAAGCCGAACAUCUUUGAAGAAGUGAUGGGCGAGCUGGAUUCCAUCGUCAAAGUGGAUUAUUUGCGGGAGGAUAGGCAAGCCCUAAAAACCAGCUUCGCCGAGGAUGGACCAACGAGGACCCCCGGCUGGUCGACGGCAAUAAAAACGAAGCGGAUGGUCGUUAAAUUCGGGAAAAAUCGCGUGCGGCCCGAGGGGCUGAAGGAGAGAUGCGGCCUUGGGACAAUUACA